GAGCGAACAUACAGAGCUGCAGCCUUGCCCCCAUCCUGGUUUCUGACAGCUCGUUGAUUUUGAAGCCAAUUAACCAGUUGGAGAGACUCGGGACAGCUGCAUCCUGUGUGACAUGGCUUGGGCUGACUAAAUUUGGUGCUUUGUUCAAGACGUUAUGCAUCGCAAUUAUAGAGACCAACGCCAAACAAGAUUUUCUAUCCCUUCCAUCAUAUUCGUCCCCAAUCUAGCCCUUUCCCCAACCGUACAACAUGGGAGUAAGAAAAACAAGCCCAAUGAUGUCUAUGUCUAUAGCUUCCCAUACCUUGUCGAUUACUAUGACAUUGUGGCGCCCAAUUCCAAAUCAGUCGACGAUGCCUCUUUCUACUGGCGCGUCUACAACGAACUGAAAGCUCUUCGCGCCCCAUUCCCUGCUGAUCCCUUUAUCGUCAUGGAUGUUGGUACCGGAACUGGUCGCGUUCUUCAUGGCCUCGAGGCCAGUGCCAUUGAGGCUGGUGCCGACCUAGUCGAUACGGAGUUCCUAGGCGUCGACAAUGCCCCGCACAUGCUAGACAAGGCGCGACAAAUCACUACUGGACUGCUCCAGAACCGCGUAAGCUGGGUCCUGGGCUCUGCGCUGGACCUCGAGGCCACCAUAGCGGGGCGUGGCGACCUGAAGGUCGGCUUGCUGAUCUUCUCCAUCGGAUCCAUCAGUCACCUAUCCGAGGACAGACAACCCGAGACAUUUCUGGAGGAAGUGUCCAAGAUUCUGCGCCCAGGGACGGGUCGGGCCUCUGUGUGGUGUAUCGAGAGAUGAACCAUGGUGGGGAGCUGAAGGGCAAGGCCAAGCAUAUCCGGUUUAACAUGCAGGUGGUCGAUCGUAGCGAGGAUGAGGAGAAGAUCAUCGAGGAUAACCAAGUGUCGAUGAAGAUACGGCAGUGGGAAAUAGAUGAACUGGUGACCAUGGUGCCUGAAUCAGGACUGCAUUUGGUGGAGAGCGUGAGGGGGAAGAACGAGACAUUCUAUGCGUUGAAGAUAGACGAGUAGAGAUUGUACAGGGAUAUUUUUAUAACAAUAUCUUAGAGUGUCUUUUUCUAUCCCUUGUCUAUCACGUGGCUCUUCGAAGAAUGGACGAAGAAAUCCUGUCUUCUUCCUCAAU